CUUACAGCCACUCCCGAGACAGCCUUUCUCCACGCCAUCAGCGCCGCCGCCAUUACUUACGAACUAACCCUAAAAUGCCGGUAUAACAUAGCGGGAUGCUCUUGUGUGACACGUCGAGUAUCUAAUAGUCGGUCGGUAAAGUCAGGAUGUGGAGAUAAUGUUGAGUAUGGGAUGGAACAGACAAGGCGAUUUUUCGAUGAAAUAGAAACUGGAAACGACGCUCGGACAGCAAUGAACAGGCAUAACAACAGAGUCGGAAGAGAGGUACGGGUAGUUGUAGUUACAAGACUGUUUGGAUUGAAGACCAUUUUAGCAAGUCUUGAUGUUUUGGUUUCUCACCUUAGGUAAGCAUCAAAAACUUGCUAGAAUGGCGUUUAUAGGGCAGGUAACAGUAAGAUACCAACGCAGACACAACUCUUUAUGAGGAAUGCUCAAGACGUUUAAGGCCUGGGUCAAAGGUGUGGUCUGGACAUAUGAAUGAUUGGCAAUAUCUCCCUAGAACAAAAUGAAAUUUUUCCCCAAAAGUAAAUCUUGAGGUUUUUGUUGUGCCUUAACGUUUAAUUAUGGUCACGUGACCAAAAAUUUGAAAUGAAGGAAAUUUCGAAUUAGUAGCGAACUUACUUUGUUUGGAUAAAUAAAUUGGCAUUUCUGAGAGAUGUAAACAUGCCUAACUUUCUACGUUUGGAAUGAAUGUAAAAGAAGUUUAAAAUUAAAGUUUUCAAUAAUUCAAGAUUAAGUUUGGGCAUUUUAAAUGGUGUUUUUCCUCAUAACUUUUUGUUGAAGUUCAAAGGACGGUCAUUCCAAACGUGAAGUGUUAGAAAUAUUUAAUAUGAAUUAGAAAAACGUUAUUGCUAGAUUUCUUUUCUUAAACUGGCCACCAAUUGGUCAAUAAUUUACGAUUAUUAGCAAAAUGGCCAUGUGACAUAUCACGUGACUUAUUAACACAAUAUUUAUUCCUUAAAAUAUUAAGGACGAUGAGUUCUUUAUGUGUGCCAAAUUUUGAUUCAGCGCCAUCAUCUAUGCCGAAGUUAUAGCUAAUAAAUCAUUUUCCACAGGUAAACCCCUUAGUCCCAGGCCUUAAACUAUCUGAGGUAUGGAACGUUUUUUUCUUUUCCUUUAUUACCCCCCAGGGUUUAAAAGCAGUGGUUAAGUGUACUUACGGGGUAUCUAUAAAUGAGCAUGUGUUCUAAUCAUUUUUAGUUUUUAGCACCAUUUAAGAGGUUGGAACCCUUUUUUCCUGUUACAGGUAGUCGGAUCUAGCCUUGUUGACUGGUGUAAAUCAUGUCGUGACGUCAUUACACGAUCCAAGUUAUGGGCUCCUGACAAGUCGAAGACUUGCUGGAAGAUACUGCCUCCUUUUCAAGACAUUGGAACAAUGCUAAAGAAAAAAUACCACAAUGCUGUGCCGGUGUUGUUAGUUGGCAACAGGCUGAUGGAGAAAGUUGGUGAUAAUAUGAGAGCCAUACAAAACAACGAUACAAAGCUUGUUUAUCUUGAUCCCUCCUCGAAUGGCUGCCUCCGAGAUGACACCAUGACCUCACCCAAUAAUGAAAUGUUUGAGACAAAGUCAUGUAAGAGCGUAUCUCGCGACAAACCCAACUGCCAUUUUUUUUCAGCUCUGUGCAGCUAUUUCGGAAUGAGACAAGAAACAGUAACAGAAACAGUGAGGAAGACUAGGAGACCUCGGUUCUGCUUAGGGGGUUACAUGUACAGAAGGAGACGAACCUUUCACAAGACCACGACAACGACCUGUCACAGUAAACCUCAGGGUGUUAAAGCUAUUUGAUCUAAGAGGGUUUUGUGCCUUUUUUUUUUCCUUUUCCCAUCCAUGCCUUUUUGGUGUCCAGUUUUGUGUUAAGAUAUUCCUUUAUUGUUUUCAGUAAGUUCUUAUUUUGCAUGGCACUUAAUUUUGUGAUAUAGCGGCCCUGGGAAGAAGUUGGGUGUAUGUUAUGACAAUAUUGAGUGUUCGACUUACGGACGAAUGAUUAUAGUCUAACUUCCAUCCAAGUUGUACUUUAAAAUUUUGAUACGUUCAUAACUGGCGGAGUCGUCCAAUACGGAAUUGACUAUUUCAGCUCAUAAGUUAUGAGGUUCGACAGGAGUCAGGAAUUUUGUUCAGUGACACUCAAGAAUAUCUCCAUGAUUGCUUUGAUUUAAAAGUUUUAAGUCUUCUAUUUAGAGCAAAUUUCUAGACUACAUAGGUAAUUUUCCUUGACACUUCGAGGCACGACAAAUACCGUAAACUGUCCCUUAUAAGCCCCCCUACCCCCCCCCCCCCUCCCGUGUUAUAGGCCAAUCUAGCUUUGAAUAAAAAAUAAUCGGAUUAUACCCCCGGCCCCUUACGCCGAUAUAAGUACCCUGCGAGCAGAGGCUACACUUUUGCUGUGUGAGCUGUCGUGUGAAAAGUAGCCUCUGCCUACAACCGUUCAAAUCCGUCCAGAAAUCUGGACGAAUAAAUAAAAAAACGGGUUUUUCCUGUGCUUGACCGGUUUAGAGCAUUGCGUGAGUCUUGCGUAGCAGAUCAGAGUCGUCGCAAUUUUUUUUAUUCCCGCGAAACUCGCGCCAUUUGACGACAGACCGUGACGAUUAAUUUUGCUUGCGAAUCGCCUGACGAAUUUCGCGCAUGCACGAUAGAAAAUUGAACGGUUGUCGGCAGAGGCUACUUUUCGCACUGCACGUCACACACAAAAAAUGUAGCCUAAGCCAACAUUAUCACUUUCUUCUCACUUAGGGCAAAAUGUUGGCUUAGGGAGGAGGGGUAGGUCAUAACCUCACCAUUUAGACUGCCCUCCUGAAACCCCUUACAAAGAAGUGCAAGCCCAGGGUUUAUAAACGGCAGUUCACGGUAGGCCAUUUCCGAGUUCCAAAAACUCUCUUUUCAAACUGCGACUAUCUGCAAAACCUUGUGAAAAUGAAUCUUUAUUUGCAUGAGAAUAAAAAAUUGAUUUCAUACCAACGAAUUUGCACCCAGCCUCGAUUCAAAACAUGAGAAGUUUGCACCAACUCAAAAAUAAACGGCCUAUUCUGUUCUAUGCCACACGAUUUCGUUUUACCGUUAUAUUAGCAGGAACAGUUCUGAUUAGUGUUCUUCCAUUUAUCUGCGAUUGCGAUAUGUUUUUAGUCUUGAAAAUUGCUCGAUUUUGCAUGUUAUGACUCAUUUUAUACGAGGUCAGUAGAUUUAUACGAUAUUGUUAUCAAGUGAUUAGAAUGUUGAUUACAAGAAGUUAAAUUAAAAUUAUAAUUAAAAAUUAUCGUCCCUUUUUUUCAGUUUCUUUGUCUUCCUCGUUCCUAGGGCUUUGCCGGCCUAAGGGAAAAGCCCUGAUGAAGUGGUUGUUGUUCUUUUUAUGAUUAUUAUUUUUUAGUCAUAUCAUUUAAAAUAAUAUCCCUCCCAAAAUUCUUUUCCAGAUUGCUGCAAAGAGCGUAGCUAGAGUCGAUUUAUAAUAUGGUCGGCCAUUUGUUUCAAAAUUAUGACACGAUAUACGUGCGGUUUUUUUCCCACGUAUACUUGCAAUCAUUCCUGCUACACGAUAUACGUGCGUUUUAUUCCCUAGUAUAUGACCAUUUUCUUACAAACGCGCAUAAAAAUGCGCACAAAAAAGGCCAUAUAUAUGCGUUACAAACAAGCAUGUGGUAUAUGGAGUCACAGAAAGUCGUCGUAUAAGAGGCACCGAAUUAUACCGUCAGCAAAAAACCCCUUCAUGUACGAUAGAGCUGAAAAAUAACUUCAGUUUGAAUCAAGCAUGGCCGCAAUGGCCGCUUUAAUUUCGAGCAAGAUUUGGUUUUUAUUCAUUGCCCUCACAGUAGUGGUGGUUGUUGGCUUUCCGACAACGGAUUUGUUGGAAUCCGUGGAUUGUCUCUUGAGAGACUGUGUACGCUAUUUCACAAAUGCUGA